AUGGGCUCACACAACGACGACCAUUCUUGCGUGAACCCCAACGACGAAGACGACGACGUUGAAAUGAUUGACGUCCCAUCGACAUCUCGAUCUGCCUCCUCCUCCCCCGAGCCAAAUGACGAGAACCAACCUCCCUCUACUCAGAGCGAGAACUCUCCUUCCUCGAUGUUCAACUGGCAAUCAUACGACGGCUCCCGACGAGCGCCUCUUUUGCACUUGAACUCUCUCCCCGGUAGUCUCGGGUCUUUGGUACCGCCCUUGCCUGAUGAUUUGGAGGAUGAAUUGGAAGAGUAUUAUCCAAAUUUGGAGAGGAUAUCUGGGGCUCCCGUGGACCGUCCUGUCACUGUCAGCAGCCCACCAGCAGAAGAAGGGGAGACUGACAAGGAUGUCAUUAUGACCUCUGAUGAGGCGCUCAACUUUGUGGCUCAUUACAGAUAUGAUUGGGAGAACGUGAGACCUGCUUCUUCCCGCCGCGGAACUCCUUCGCCAAACAGCCAGGCUCGAGAGGCCGGAAGGCACACUCUGGGCAGUCAUCGGCAAUCCGGGAUCUCAAAAGCUUCUAGUCCGGGAAGGAGGACGGUGUAUAGGUCGCCUUAUGUUGAAGAUGCGGUUGACGAAGAUAUCUGA